GGGUCUGUAAAAGGCGGAUAUUUUAAUAACUGUUCACAGACCGCCCAGCCAGAAACACGCGAUUUCCCCUCAGCCAGACUAACUUGGCAUUCUGAAUACAGGCUCAGAGGGGAGGGGCCGGGUCUCUCCAUGCAGGAACUGGAGUCAGAGGCUUCCCUUGCUGCUUGCAGGGAAAGACUAUUAAGAAUGCCUCUCAGUGCCUGGUUUCCUGAGGUAUCUGAGGGUAGACAGGCGGCCUCUCGAGCAAUCUGAGCACAUCUCACCGGCAUCUCUGCAGGAAUCAGGAUGCAGGCCAAAUACAGCAGCACAAGGGACAUGCUCGAUGAUGAUGAUACCACCAUAAGCCUGUAUUCUGGAACCUCCACUGUCACCAGACGUGCAGAGCCCAGGCACUCAGAGAAUGGGACACCCUCUUCAGUUUGGCGCCCAGUGGCCCUGACCCUGCUGACCUUGUGUUUGGUGCUGCUCGUUGGCCUGGCAGCCCUGGGCCUUGUGUUUUUUCAGUUCUACCAGCUGUCUAAUAUCCAGCAAGACAGCAUCACUGAAAAGGAUGAAAAGCUGGGGAACAUGUCCCGACAGCUACAGUCUCUCCAGGCCCAGAACAGAAAACUCAUUGAAACUCUACAGCAGGUAGCCGUAAAACUGUGCCGUGAACUUUACAACAAAAGUGGAGGACAUAGAUGCAGUCCUUGCCCAGAAAAAUGGAAGUGGUAUGGAGACAAAUGUUACCAGUUCUAUAAAGAAAGUAAGAACUGGCAGAGUUGUGAAUACUUCUGCCUGGCUGACAAUGCCACCAUGCUGAAGAUAAGCACACAGGAAGAGCUGGAUUUUGCCAUGCCCCAGAGCUACUCUGAGUUUUUCUACUCUUAUUGGACAGGGCUCUCCCGCAAUGGCAGUGGCAAAGCCUGGCUGUGGACAGAUGGGACACCUUACUCCUUUGAACUGUUUGAGAUUAUAAUAGAUCCCACCAACCUAAGAAACAGGGACUGUAUGACCAUCUUCAAUGGAAAGGCUUACUCUAAGGACUGCAAAGAGCUGAGGAGGUGUGCCUGUGAGAGGAUAGCAGGGAGAGUGGUACCUGGAGAGCUCCAGUAGGUGACAUGAAGCAUUGGAUUGAGGGGUCAACAGGUCAGCUUCAACCACCAGCAAAAGGACUGCCAAGUGAGGCCAAUGUGAAGGACAUUCAAAGCUUUGGGAAACAGAUGGGCAGCUGCUGGGGCUGGUAUGUGAGAGGUUUUCCUGGUUCUAGCUCAGCAUCAUCCAGGCCUGGGCUUUAGUUCUUGUGCACAUGUUCUAGACACAAAGGGUCUUAUUGAUGAACCUCCGACUAGCCCCAGGAAGUCAUAGAGUUGUCCUCCUUGAUUUACAAAAGACUUUCAGUUUUCUCCCUUCUCAGGGUCUAGACGUUAUCAGCCUCUGUCUCAUGUCUCCCUUACUCUUGGAAAAGUGAGAAACAUAAGAAGAUAGAAGAGUUGAUACAAAGCCACAAACUAGAUGAGCUAGUGUCCACAUAACUAUUGGUCCUUUAGAGUCACAGCACUUGGAAGGAGAAGGAAGACAUGAGAAGUUCAAGGCCAGCCUCAGGUACAUAUUUGCAGGCCAUCCUAGGCUACAUGAGUACACCUUUCAAGUGACAGAAAGAAGGAACAAAAGAACAAGAGAAAAAAGAAAGGAAGAAUGGAAGAAGAAAUGUGAAAAUCAAAGUGAAAAGAGAGAAAAGAAGAAGAAAACAUGGUGUCCUUUAUCCUAACAGGCAAUCCAAGAAAAACUAGCAGAAGACCCCAACCCUGUGCUGCUCUACACACAGACAAUUCUUUUUGCGUCCAGCUCACACUUUCCUAGGCUCGCAAAAGUGACUUCACCUACUGUGCCUGUGGCCAGCUUUCCAGCUGAUACAGUUCUCAUUAUGUCAACCACCACUCCAUCAAUUGUGUCUUUCCCCUAAUUAUGUCUCCUAGGAAAGAGACCGUCUCAAUUCUAAGCUAGAAUUAAUGUCCCUGUACACCUUAAGAGACUGAAGCCUAGAAAAAACAAUAACAAAACAAACAAAACAACAACAAAAUCCAGAACAACCUCUGUACAGAUAAUAGGUUGAUUUCUUCUUCCAUCAUUUUUGAACAAUGUUUAUACCUUUCAGGUACUGAAUGUUUAAUAAUAAUAAGUGUAAAUAAUGUGAAAUGGGUGACGUUCUAGAAUGGAUUUGUGAUUUGGUGUAGGAGACCAGCAAAGGAAUCCUUUUCACAAAAUGGAAACCAUCACUCCUUAACUCCUUGUGCAUUGACAGGUGGUGAGACCACUAUAAAGAUAUUGUUUAUGAGAUUACAUGAGUAUAAGAAAGUCUUCAAGAGGAUGGCUUUAUAAUAUUCCUAAAGUGAAAUGUCUGAGGCGAAAUCAUGACGUUGAGGUUGGUAUGUUGACUAACUGGGGUGUGGGAGAAGCAUGGUUUCUAAACAGGCGUGGGAGGAAAUGGAGAAGCUGUGACAUCUGCACAGCCAGACUCUUGACUAGACAUGAGCUUCUCUCGGUGGUGACAUUCCAAGCCACAACAGGGUCUUUGUGAAUAGUACCAUGCCAAGUGGUUUCAUUGGUUAGAGAUAAAUCAGCAUUAGGGGUUGGUGGCACCAGCAAUAGAUUUCACACUCUAAAUUUUCAGUAGUAAAAAUUGGAAAACAUCCAUAUCAUGGUGAAAUUACAAUUAAAUUAGCACUUUGUUAUGAAAAACAAUUCUCUAUUUAUUUUCAUAAGACUUAAUUUUAUGACUGUCAUUUAUCUAAGCAUUGCUGUGAGACCACUUGAGUUUUCUUUGAGAUUUCCUUCAUGUUCGUUUGGGGAGUUCUUCAAUAUUGAAUUCUAUGCAGGUUUACUGGGACAAGCAGAUAGAAGUGUAUUUGUGUUUUUAAAACUUGAGGGACUUACAUCUUUCUUGUUUUGGUUUGUUUAUUGAGCCAAUCACCUCACAUCAUGUAGCUUAUUAAAAAGUGGGAAUAUUUAUAAUUUCCCUAUGAUGUUACUUUUAAAAAGUGUGAAGUUAGUCUCAUAAUGUAGGUUGUAAUAUAAAAUGUGUUGAAAAUUAAGAAAAUAUUCUAAAGAGUUUAAUGAUCAUUUUAAUGUAGCAGAACACAAGGGCAGCAUCUGUAGUCAUUAAAGAAGAAAGGUAUUCUCAAAUAUUUUCCAUAACUAACAAAAUUAUAACUGUUUCUUCUGUUUGGUUAAAUUGUCUAAUAUAAUAUUUCAAAAUAUGGAAUAAAGAUCAAGUCCAUCAUUAAGC